CGGGGCCGCUUUGCGCUGCUGGCGCCUCACCUGGGGUGGGGGGGGGGCCGCUGCGGGCUCCCCGCUUUCCCCGGACGCGCGCAGAAACUGGGGGCCCCGGCGGCGCUGCCCCAGCCGGCAGGUGGGGCGCUCGAGGCGUCGUGGCAUGCUUUUUCGUCAGCGCUGUUGCAUGUUCCACACUUCUAGUGAUAUCCUAAGAGAAGAUGGGAAAGGGCUGUAAGGUUGUGGUUUGUGGCUUGUUAUCUGUGGGGAAAACGGCAAUUUUGGAGCAGCUCCUUUAUGGGAAUCAUACUAUUGGAAUGGAGGACUGUGAAACAAUGGAAGAUGUGUAUAUGGCUUCAGUGGAAACAGAUCGGGGAGUCAAGGAACAGUUACAUCUUUACGACACCAGAGGCCUGCAGGAAGGCGUGGAGCUGCCAAAGCAUUAUUUUUCAUUUGCUGAUGGCUUUGUUCUUGUGUACAGUGUGAAUAACCUUGAAUCCUUUCAAAGAGUGGAGCUGCUGAAGAAAGAAAUUGAUAAGUUUAAAGACAAAAAAGAGGUGGCCAUUGUCGUGUUAGGAAACAAAACUGACCUUUCUGAGCAGAGACAAGUGGACGCCGAAGUGGCACAGCGGUGGGCCAGGAGCGAGAAGGUGCAUCUGUGGGAGGUGACGGUCACAGACCGCAAGACCCUGAUCGAGCCCUUCACCCUGCUAGCCCGCAAACUCUCCCAGCCCCAGAGCAAAGCGAGCUUCCCUCUGCCUGGGAGGAGAAGCAAAGGCAACUCCAGCUCUGAGAACUAAACCCUAGGGUGCACAACUGUCCCUUGAAUGGUGACUGCCUCGAGGUGUCUGUGAACUCGUGUAAAACAGGCCAUUUCUGUCUACCUUUGGUCCUUAGGAAGCCCCUAGGGAAGUAAUUUAAUGCACUUUGUUAUAAUUCAGUUACUGUUGCCUGACAUGAAGUAAUAAUAUAUUUGCAUUCUCCUUGUUUCAGACUUGUCCCUGAAAUUAGCACCUUUGUUAUCUAUAUUAUGUUCCAUUUGUCAAAAGAAUAAAAUAAAAUUUGGGUGGUAUGCACGUGUACCUGUAGCUCCCCUCACCUUUAACCCGUUUCAGAA